AUGGUGACGAGUUUUCUAGUCAAUAUUGUUGAAUCUGACGAAAUAAAUACAUCAGAGUACUUUUCGUAUACGCCUUAUGGAGUUGGCAGGGGUAUACAAUAUGAAGGGUUGGGGCCAGUUAGAUUAAUAGGGGCUCAAUACAAUCUUGUAAUGUUUUACUCAUUAAAGGAAUAUAACACGAAAUAUGAACUAUUGGGGGAAAAAAUUAAAAAUAUAACAAAUUUAUGUACCGACCAAAAACAUCAAGAUUUAUGUGGGAAAUAUCAAUUAGUAAUUACAGACUUAUAUAACGAAAUAACUAAACAGAAAGAACGUACAUAUAUGUCGCUAGGAAGUACUAUGGAGGACAUUAAAAGCAACAGAAAGAAAAGGGGAUUAAUAAACAUAAAAGGUAACACCAUGCAUACGUUAUUUGGCAUAUGUGAUGACAAGUGCACUAAGAAAACACAAGAAGCUAUACAAAAAACGGAAGAAUCAGGAACUAAUAUAUUACACAUAAUGGCAGCUCAAACUACUGUAGUAAAAUCAACAAUAAGAAGUAUUGGUAACACAAUAAAUCAAACCGAACAAUAA